AUGGUUCGAGGAGCAAAGUCAGAAAUAAAGGCACAGAAGACGGGUAAGGAAAGAGGGGCAAAGAGGAAGAGGGAGACGAAGGAGACGGAGGAGACGAGGGAACCUAGGGGGAUGAUGAAGAGGAAGACGAGGGAGAAGAGUGUGGAGGAAGAACAGCCAGAGAUGGAGGAGACGGAGGAGAAAGAGCCGAAGGAGAAAGAGCCGGAGAAGGAGAAGACGGAGAAGACGGAGAACAAGACGGAGAACAAGACAGAGGAGAACAAGGAGGAAAACGAGCCCAAGGAAGAAAAUGUCGACACAACCGCAGCGGCCCAAACUUCCUCGUCGUCUCCCCUCAAAUGCUUUCACGCAGUGCCGCACCGUAAACGCUGUACUGGGUCGAGGAACUAG